AUGGCCAAAUCCUACUGCAAAUGGCCGGUCAUCGUGGCGAUCAUCGUGGGAUCCGUCAUUGUCCUCUCCAUUGUCGCUUGUAUUAUCAACUGCAUGUGCUGCGGCAUCCAGUGCUGUCGAUGCUGUGGUUGUUGCUCGUGCUGCUGCCCGUCGCCGCGGAACAAGAGUCCCAAGUACCUGGAUGACCCGUAUAAUCACCCCCCGCCGCCGAUGCCCCCUCCCUCGAAUCCCGUCUAUCAACCGUCUCCCACGCCUCCGGUUUAUCGUGGCCAGCAACAGGUGGCGCGCUUCGAUGCCCCCAAGAGUCCCACCCCGAAGAUCAACGAGGAUGCACUGCCAGCCAUGCCCAGCUGGGACAGCGCCGUAACCCGUCGGGUGGAGGACAAGGAAGCCCAUUCCGAUGCCAUGGAGAUGGAGCCUCUCAACCCGGCCAACCACGAACCUCGUCGCAUGCCAUCGAACCCUGGCCCCCAUGCGAACAACUACAUGGGACUCCCACCGCCCGUCCGGACCGGCACGUCGUCCAGUUACUACCCGGAAUCUCGUCCCUAUGACGACCAGAGCGCAUAUGGGAUGCGCUCGCCCGGUGGGAUGGCGCCAAGCCCCAUCUCUCCGUACGACAACCAGCCGUAUCAUGACUAUACCGGUGGACACCCGUGGCAGACGAAUUCUUCUGCCCCCGCGUCCUACACCCCUCAGCCACAGUACAUGGCCGUCGGCAAUGCCGUCACGCGAGCGGAGAGCCCCCGUCCUAUUCCCUACCGGCAGCCGUCUCCGGGCUUCAACCAGGUGCCCAUCGGGACGGCCAUUACUCGUGCGGAGACUCCUCGGUCAUGUCGCCAUCCAUUCCUUCGUCCCCUCCACCCCCGUUCACCGCGACCCCUGCUCCUCAUGAAAUGA